CGCUAUACAUGCCCACAGAGUACAAUAUUCAAUUUUUUCAUAUUAACAAUUGCCUGGAUAAUGCUGUUAAGAUCCAAGUUGUUUGCUGGCAGUGUGAGCUCAGUCAGGAGUCAUGCUCCUCCUCUCCGGGUGACAGCGUUCAGACUUCACUCAAGUAGCUGUCGUCAUCUGGAGGUUUAUACUUCCUCCAGCAUUUUCAGGAUGGCUUUUUCCUUCAGGAGAAUUGUACCUAUGCGGGAUCUCGUUCCAUACUGGAGUAAGUUAGGCCAGCAAUCCACCGGCAAAGUACAAAGGACCAGUUCAGUCACUUCAGACCACUUCAGGACCCAGUUGGAGUGGCGAGAUAACUCUGGGAUGCUCCCGCAAAUCCUCUGUCUCGAUUAAACCUGAAACCCACUCAUCUGCCUUGUUUACCUUAUAAUUUGCGUUCGGCUCUGCCAGCUUUCAUUCAGUCGUGAAUUUUACGUUCACACAACUCUAGUGCUUACACCCCACGAUUACCUCAAUGAGCUUUCAGUGAAUCCGAAAGCUCGUGUUCCCCUGUCGUCUUCCGCUUUACAAGUAAAAUCUUGAGAGCACAAGUGCGAAAUCUUGCAGUGAUUGGGGACAAGAGACAGAAAGACGACAACCGAACAGCUUGCUCCCUCUUCUGGCCACAGAACAGAGAGAUCUCGAUCUGGGUUCUUUAGAAAGAGAUCCAGUGAUUUCUGUAGAAUAUCUGUCUAGGGGGAUUGAAAGGGUGCUUGGUCCGUGGGCUUCAUCUUCGGCCCAUCCUGCCUGCAGGCGUUAUACGGAUACACAUCACUGGAUGGUGCAUGCGGUUUCUCAGUGCAAAGGCUCAGCCCCCCUACUCCAUCACUGUGGCAGGCAGGCAGGCAAGCAGGCAGGGCCUCGUGUACACGAACGAUCUGGUGUUGCAAAUUGCUCCACCAAUGACAGCAGUCCGACUUCCGUGACGACAACAGUUGAAGAUUUGUGUCGCCCGUUUCUUAAGGAACCAGCCUGCGAUGGACACGUGCAGGAAGAGUACGAGGUCCGACAUAUCUGCAUGACCCCAGCCAAUGAAGCAGCCUCUGAGUUCCUGGCUCCGAAGACAGUGGCUGGAGGUGCCCGGGCAUGGUGGCGGUGAAGAGGUGGUUCUGUUGUCACUCCACUCACCGUGGAAUGAUAAACUUGACCCACAUUGUCACAGCUGAGCAGCCAGAGGACUUGGGCUUUUAUUCCCCUAAAGGUGCGCUGAAUCUAUAUCUCACGAAAUAAAAAAUAUCCCAACUUUGAUCACGUGGGACUUUUACUAUAGAUACGGAGGGUGAUGGCCGAGGGAAACAUUUGUAGGCCUCGCACAUUUUCGGUCACGGUCCUGAGUUUACCGGCAAACCUCUGCCACAGUUGGUGUGGAGAAUGUUGGAUUUCAAAAGCACAGUAGCAUGAAAUCAUGAUGGAUUGUAUCUCUAAUUCUACAGAUUUUGGUUUAGUUUCAUUCGCUACUCUUUGUGUUCUAGUAUAUUCAGGUUCAAACAAAAUAAUGAAUGAAUAUAUCGCAC